AUGAGAGGUACCAUGCAAGUCUUCAUCAUGUUCCUCCUAGCAACUGUGUCCCACUGUGCCGUGAUCACAGGGGCCUGUGAGCGAGAUGUCCAGUGUGGGGUGGGCACCUGCUGUGCCAUCAGUCUGUGGCUGCGGGGGCUGCGGUUGUGCACCCCACUGGGUCGGGAAGGAGAGGAGUGCCACCCAGGAAGCCACAAGGUCCCCUUCUUUAGGAAACGCCAGCACCACACCUGCCCCUGCUCACCCAGCCUGCUGUGCUCCAGGUUCCCGGACGGCAGGUACCGCUGCUGCCGGGACUUGAAGAAUGUCAACUUUUAG